UUUGUUUUAAAACUGCUAAAGACUAAAGUAAUAACAAGAAUCACCUUGGCCAUAUGAAAUUGACUAACUUUAUGAGUAAAAAGUAGAUAGAUCUUUCUAGAUCUAGAUCUAUAGACUACAUAUCUUUUAAGAUAUAGAUCUAGAUUUUCUAAUUCUAGAAUAAAUCGAGUCUAGAUCAUCAAGGACAAGAUACACAAAUAAACAUGGUUUUUCUUACACUUCGAUUGUUUGUGCGAAAAACGAAAAUGGUCACUAAUGCAGACAGGGUUUGGAAACGUCAGAUGUACAGGAGGCUGACUUGGCCUUUCCGCAAUAGAUUGUGGAAUUGUUAUAGAAUCGGAAGAAGAGAGGGUCGCCACUAUCUUUACUUUGCCACAAAAUUCAGAUCAGUGAGACGAAAGCAAAUUAACUAUAUAUUUACAUUUAGAAUAGCCGCAGGAUGUGCACAACAUGGUGUUCAGUAUUCUUCAUUUAUGAAAUCACUCUAUGAGUCCAACAUUGCACUAAAUCGUAAGAUGUUAGCAUUCUUGUCACUUUAUGAGCCAAGAACCUUCCAGAGUUUGUGUGAAUUUGUCAAGAAAAAACACAGUGAAGCAGUCAGUCAAGGUUUGGCAUCAGCUAUGGCUCCAACACCAAGUGGAGUGAUCACAAGGGACAUGAUUCAGAAAGUGUCUAAAACAUAAGAUUUAUUUUGUUUACGUGUGUGUAUUUGAAGAAGUAACAUGGAGUGAAUGCAAAGUGUGAUUUAGAAGAUAGAGCAAAGUUGCCAUUAAUCUAAAAAUAAACUGGCUAAUUCGGAGACUAUU